AUGCGGCUUCAUUCGCGUCAGGUAUUGACAUUAUUGUGUACUCGUGCUUCAUCACUGCUUACAACUGGGGGAGAGACCGCAGCACCUUCCUGUGACGCUUUUACUAUUCGUUAUGUGAGUGGUGUUAGUUCCUCGCUUGUGUCAUUGUCAUGCACGACAAGAGACACACAACUUCACCAGUGUGCAUUGCAGUGGGUGGAGCGGUUAUCGUCUCAGCUGAAACAUUUUCCAGAGGGUGCACCACUGGUGGAUGAAGUGGUUGUGAACAUUUUUCGCGUUGUGAAGAACUCCAUGCGUAGUAGCAACAGCAGCUGGGGUGAGGGAAGUGUGCCUUCGCUGUGUAUAAAUGGAUUGCUGUUGGGUUUGGAUGAGCGACUGACGGGGAUGCAGUUUGCUUCCUGGAGGCCUCAAGCCGUGUUGUAUUCAUUGCAAGCUAUUGCCAUGACGGAGUGCGCGAGACAACUGGGUAUGACAAACUUACUUUUUUACUGUGCAAAAGAGCAUUUACAACAAUUUGACGAGAAUCGUGUGGCCCGUUUGUUGUGGUGCGUUGCGAAGCUCCAGCAAGAGGAAGCGCAAGCGGUUCUGUGGAAACUUGCGUGCCGUCGUCUUUUGCGACUGUACCCCAAACUGAAAGCCCCCAGCCGUGCGUUGGUGUUGGAAAGUCUGCUGUUGACCCAUGGUUGCACUUGCGAAGCACAACAACAGCUGCUGUGUUUGCUGCAUGAGGAUAUGAGCAGUAACAGAGAGAGCGGUGAACACCAUGAUAGUGAAGGGGAAUAUCCCGCAACGGCGCUAAUGGACAUUGAGGGGGAAUACCAUGUGCUGAAGGCUCGAUUACUUUCUCAGGUUCACCACUUACCAGUGGGAACUUUAAUUGCGAUGUUGCGGGGUGGUAGUGGGCAGCUGUCGCCUUGCUCGCCGCAUUCAGGAGGAGCCACCACCGCAGAUACGGAGACUACCUAUUAUUUGUUGAAGCACCUCAUCCGUCGUCCCCUCGAUGGUGCAGCAUGCCGUGAGGUAUUGGAAGUUAUUGCCUCUUUUGAGCCAACCGACCUUACAGAGUCAUUGAGACGUCACGUUCUUGACUGCGUUAGCUCUAAGCGUUCCACCGCGACCUCCGUGGGUAAUAAUCCUGCACAGUUGUUGGAGGUGAUAUGUCUCGCUGUAGUGUUGGAGCGGCAACAGGUGCGGAACGUCGGUGAGGAACUGUUAUCGCUUCUUCAUUCGCUCAUCAUUGAGUGCUACAAUAUGCGCGGUGCUCCGCUGCGGCGUUGCUGUGGUCGCUUGGCGGGGUUGCUGUCAGUGGCUCUGGACGUGUUUACGGCAUGCAGGGGGAAAAUCGGCCCCAUGGACCCAGCAAUUACUGAAUGCAGCAGCAUUGUUGUCAAGUUCCCUGAGGUUUGGGAACAAAAUGGGGUUGCUGUCACAUCUACUGUCUCUGAAUGCAUCACCGCUGUGCGUGUCAUUUGUGAGCUACUGCGGGUGCCCCCUCUCCUAAGGGUUGUUACAGAGUCUGCAACCUCUCCUACCAUCGUUUCCAGUGAAGGUAAUUCCACGGAUGACCACAGCGGGAGUUUGGGCAGCAGACAAAAGUUGGUAGAACCGCUACUGGAACGCUGCGCGAAAUGUCUCCAUCGUGACAAUGUGCUUGUACCUGCGUCGGCAGUAUUUGACACUUGGCAGCAUGUGGCCCGUGUUUCUUCUUCUUCCGCUAUUAUCGGGGGUCCUGUUUCUAGGCUUGGAGGCGGAGGGAAGCACGACGCACUUCAACAAAUUGUUACCGAACUGUUCACAUAUACAGAGAAGCGACCGUCGGAGUUUCCGCUUCGGGAAAUUGCAAAGUUUUUAGGAGCGUCAUCCCAUCCGCUGCCGAUGGAGGCUUAUGACCUUUUUAUUCGCUGUCUCAAAAAUGAGCGUAAGAAUGUGAGUGCUCACUACUUGGAGCUGCUGCUCAGCUCCCUGGAAGAAGUUUCCGCCCGCGGCGACAAGGUCGUGUUAGAACGGUUGCUUUUGUCACUAUUUGUUCGAUCUCUUGGCCACGACGAUGCGUUUGCUCAUACUGCUCCCUUCACGGCACGGCAGUUUGUGCGACUGUUUCACUGUUGCACCAAUCUAACCUUAAAUGCCGCGGCCUCGAUGCGGGCGACACUUCUCCAACGUAUGACAGUGGCUUGCAGUGAAGCUGCGGGGAUCGACGACCUCAACGCGGUUGCUUCCUUAUUACCAUUGUUGCAGCAGGGGGCUCAAAGGGAUGCGCUGGCAGCAGCCCUUGUGGCGCGAGGGAAGGUUUUGAAUCCAGCGACGAUGUCUGAUGUGCAGAAAGCCCUGUUGCUUGUGUACCUUUACAAAGCGGGAGUGCCAAUUGACGAUGGCUUAACAGACGCUUUCCGUCGAAGGGCGUGA